GCUCCUCAAUUUUGAGCCAAAUCAGCUAGGCAUGUAAAAAGAUUUUCUGUUGGUAAAGCUGGCACUCUUGUUUCAGUAGGAGGACCAUGCUGGGUAUCCAACUUGAGAGACGCUGAAGUGAAGCAGGCGGAAAUCCGCUUCUGAGAGAGGGCUUCCUGAGAGUGAUGGUGAAAGUCACUGGAAGUAAUGGGAGCAGAGAGGGUUUGUACCAAGGCUCCUGAAAUCACGCAGGAUGAAGCAGAAAUCUACUCUUUGACAAACAUGGAGGGCAGCAUUGGAAUCAAAGGAUGUGAGUUCAAGUCUUGGCUCUUCAAAUUCUAUCAGGCUCGCUCUCAAGUUCUUUUGUGUGGUGAAGUCAAGAAUCUGUACCUGCUCACCAGCAACAAAACCACAGUGAAGGAGCAGAAUGCCUGUCUGACUCACCCUGACAGAUCAGCUAUGGCAGGUCUGCUGUUGUAGAAAAUUCUCCACCCCAGGGGCUUUAUCUCUCUUGCAGGGAAGGCUCAUGAGCAAAUGCUGUCAUUAGCAACAUGCAUUGUUAAAGACAUAUAGUGAGAAAAUAUGUCAGGCAUUGUUUCAAUGUACCAACUUUAGUAGAAAAUCAUGAAGAAUUUUUGAGAUAUUAACUGUAGAUUAAAAUAACCUUUAACCUAAAUACUGAGAAUUUC